GAGAGAGAGAGAGAGCACAGUAUGCCCUUGCCUCCCUCCUUCCUCUCUAUUAUAAAACUGAAAGGAGACUGAAUAGAGAGGAACAGUAGAGCUGGAUAACAAAGAAAGACACUGAAAAGAGUACGGCAUAGAAAGGACAGGGAGAGAGAGAAAGUGGGUAAAAUAACGGGACGUGUGUGAAGAGAGAAAAAGAGAGACAGACAGAGCUCAGUGUAGCAACAUCACCACCUCUCUUCCAUAGCUACCUUUACCCCCUCCCUCCCUCCGUCCUCCUUUCUGUACUCCAUCUCCCUUGGUUCUCCCUCCUCCUUUCUGUACUCUGUCUCCCCUGGUUCUCUUCUUCUCUGUCUACUACUAUUACCGCCAGCAGGACCAUGGAUACAGGAAGCCCCAGGAAAAUCCAGUUCACCAUGCCUCUCCUGGACUCUCACCUGGACCCAGAGGCUGCUGAACAGAUCAGAAGACGUCGGCCCACACCUGCUACUCUGGUAGCAUCCAGUGACCAGUCUUCUCCAGAAAUAGAUGAAGACCGUCUUCCGAACCAGCUAUACAAGGCCGCCUUGUUGAACUCUCCCAGGCAGAGGAGGAAGGGAGCAAGAGCCACGCCCACUAUGAAAGAGUUACAGUUCAUGGUAGACCACCAGUUGUAUAAACAGCAGCAGCAGCAGCAGCAGGGUGGAGGUGAUGAGUGUUCCUCAGAGAGCUGUCUGUCUGACAGACCCAGCCCGGACGCUCUGCCCAACGGGGAGGAGGAGGAGGAGCUACCGGAGGAUGAGGAGGCCUGGGGAACCGAGGACAAGGUCACUGCAGAGGCCUUCGAGAAGCUGCGCUGCCAGAUGGAGGUGUCCAAUAUGUCAGCUGCAGACACAACAGCUGCGUCCACAACGAGUCCACUGGCAGAGAAGAAAAUGAACAAACCCAGCCAAGCAAAACAAGACAAGUAAAACAGCCUACACAGCAAUCUGGCAUGCAUCCUAAGUGGCACCCUAUUCCCUAGCUAUGAAGUGUACUCCUUUUGAUCAGAGUAGUGCUCUAUAUAGGGAAUAGGGUGCCACUUGGAACGCAUAUCCUGAUGUUCAAUAAGUAACUUAGACAGACAGAUGACAGACAAUGACUGACCAUCCUUUUGACAGACAGACUUACGGCUGAAUUCAAUAUGUAUCACAGAGGUAUCGCGGAAGAUCCGCAUAAAAAUGCAAAUUCAUUGGUAUAAAAUACUACUUUAGAGUUUUUGGAGGUAUCUGUACUUUACUUUACUAUAUAUAUUUUUGACAACUUUUACUUUUACUCCACUACAUUGCUAAAGAAAAUCAUGUACUUUUUACUCCAUACCUUUUCCCUGACACCUGGAAGUACUCGUUACAUUUUCAAUGCUUAGCAGGACAGGAAAAUGGUCCAAUUUACACACUUAUUAAGAAAACAUCCCAGGUCAUCCCUACUGCUUCUGAUCUGGCGGACUCACUAAACACAAAUGCUUUGUUUGUAAAUGAUGUUCGAGCGUUGGAGUGUGCCCCUGGCUAUCUGUAAAAAAAUAUAUACAUAUAUAUUAUUGUGCUGUCUGGUUAGCUUAAUAUAAGGAAUGUGAAAUAAUUUAUAUUUUAGCAAUUACAUUUACUUUUGAUACUUAAGUAUAUUUAAAACCAAAUACUUUUAGACUUUUACUUAAGUAGUAUUUUACUGGGUGACUUUCACUUUUACUUGAGUCAUUUUCUAUUAAGGUAUUUUUACUUCUACUCAAGUAUGACAAUUGGGUACAUUGUUCACCACUGUGUAAAGGUAAUUUCUGAUUGAGCCAACAUGUGCAGUGUUUACCGUGAAUGCAGUCUCUGCGACCACGGGAACAUUGCCUUUAAUUAUCAAUGGUUGUCAAGUCUGCUCCCGCUCUCCCUCUCUGGCACUCGACGACGCCAGGCUACCCAUUAUUACGCACACCUGUCACCAUCAUUACGCGCAUCAGCGCUCAUUGGACUCACCUGGACUCCAUCACUUUGUUGAUUGCCCCUUCUAUAUCUGUCUGUUCCUCAGUUUGUUCCCCAUGUCAGCAUUAUUAAUGUCGUUAUUUUUUCCCGUCCAGACGCGGGUCCGUGUUCUGUUUCAUGUCCGUUGUUUAUUAAAUGUGCACUCCCUGUACUUGCUUCUCGUCUCCCAGCGUCUGUCCUUACAAUGGUGCUAUAAAGCAGAUCUUCAUCGCUACGGAUGGAAUAGAACCCCUUCUGUAGCUACGGAGCUAUCAGGGUAUCUGUCUGGCCGGGCCUUAUACCAUGCAGGUGGAAACAACAAUGUGGCUACUACUUACAUUAGGUCCAAAAUGCUACAGUACCAGUCAAACGUUUUGACACACCUACUCAUUCCAGGGUUUUUCUUUAUUUUAACUAUUUUCUAGACUGUAGAAUAAUAGUGAAGACAUCAAAACUAUGAAAUAACACAUAUGGAAUCAUGUAGUAACCAAAAAAAGUGUUAAACAAAAUCUAAAUAUAUUUUAUAUUUGAGAUUCUUCAAAAGUAGCCACCCUUUGCCUUGACAGCUUUGCAUUCUCUUGGCAAACCCUGGAAUGAGUAAAACAUUCUGUAAUAUGAAGUUUCAAACCAGGACAGGAUAUACGUACUUGGCUAUAUUUCAUGCAAAGUGUUGUUUUUUUUGUAUACACAAACUGUAGCAGCCUACCACUCCCAUGUCUAAUAUGCCUCCUGCAUAAAACUCAUGAAUCCAAAUAUUGUUAAUUGUUAUUGUUGUAAUUUUUUAUUGGUUUAUGAAUUGUUAAUUACUAUAAUUAAGAUAUUUAUAAGAUUGCUUUGCUGUUUUAGACAUUCUGUCCUGGACUCUUGAAAAACAAGCAGUAGUCUUGGUUGGCUAACAGAGAUCCUAAACAACAACAACAUAACAGGAUAUCUAUUUUUAUGAGUCACGGGGCAGUCAGAAGUUGCCUCACAAAUGACAAAAGUAGUGCGCUAUAUAGGGAAUAGGGUACCAUUUGUGAUGCAUCCAGGGAAUCAUCUCUGAUACAAUUUGGAACUGAGAUCAGUCUCUGUCCAUGUGAAUCUCUAAAGUCUAAAAUGACAGAUAAGGGACCUUUCAUUGGACAGAAAGACUCUGGCUGAACUUUGACCUUCUAAACUAAAACAACAUUGACUACUGACAUACCACUCAUGCACGGCACGACUUGUACUGUACACCCCCUUAGUACUGUGCUAAACACAGUACAUACAUCUAACCACAGUUUUUUUGUUCAGUACUUAAUGUGUAUACAAUAACAACGUCCAGAAAUGUACGGAACUCAUUUCAUCUUUAGAAAUUAUAUUUAUUUUCUACAGGAUUGAUCCCAUACUCUGAUAUGGCAUUAGGCCUAUGAUUGGGUGACAUUUUAAACUACAGAUGUAGGAUUUUAAGUUGAUCACCCUGUUGCAGGAGAUCUUUCCUGCAUUGCAGGACAUGUAAUAAUUGUAGAGUAUUUGAGGUUUCAAAAGGCUUCUGAAGUUUGUAAUUUCCACUUUGAGAUUUUAGACUUGAUUUUUCCUCACGAAAGUGUAUCAACCCCUACAAAAAAAUGACAAUUAAUUAUAUUUAUAAUAAUUCACAUUUAGCAAACAGGCUUAAAUGAAGAUUCUACACCUGUAUUGAGCUGUUGACAGCUACUGUUCAGUGUCAUCAUGUCCUUUUGUUUAGAGACUGGAUCUUUAUUCCAUGUUCUAUAUGUAUAGUACACAGCAAAUGAACCACGUGCAAAUUAAAGAUGUCUACAGAAUUAUAAUGUC